CUUCUCACAUGGCCUGCCCUUCCCACUCCCUCCCUCACUUCUCGCCGUACAUUUCGUCGAUCUGCGCCUUGAAGUGCUUGUGUGCCUGGUGGCGCUUGAGCUUGUACGUGGGCGUGACGAGGUCGUUGUCGACGGUGAAAGCCUCGGGCGAGAGCCUGAACUUCUUGACCUUCUCGAUGCCGGAGAGGCCGUUCUUCUUGGCGACCUCUGCCAUCUGCUCCUCGACGGCCUUGAUGAACUCGGCGUCGCUGCAGAGGCUGCUGAGGGCCUCGGGCUUGUUGUUGGCCUUGGCCCACUUCUUGGCCUCGUCGUGGUCCGGGUGGAUGAUGCCCACGCAGUACGUCUGGGUCGAGCUGCCGUGCACAAACGACUGAGCUAUCAGACCACACUGACACACACGCAGAGACAGAGAGAGAGAGAGAGAGGACUCUUGUGUUGCUGUGCUUGCUGUGUCUGUCUGCCCAGGUGGUGGAUAUGUGGUACCUGCGAGUAGACGUUCUCGACUUUCUCCGGCGAGACGUACUCGCCCUGGGCGAGCUUGAAGAUGUUCUUCUUGCGGUCGACGAUCCGGAUGGCGCCGUUGGGGAGGAUCUGAGCGAUGUCGCCGGUGUGCAGCCAACCCUCGCCGUCGAUCGUCUCGGACGUCUUGUCAGGCUGCCUGAAGUAACCUGAGGAACACACACACCCACGCACAUCAACAUGGCCACAUCCAGCAUCCCUCCCUCUGUCUGUGCCUGUGCCUGUGUCUGUGUGUGUGUGUGUGUGUGUGUCAAGGCAGGUGGCCUCACUGCAGUGCACUGACCAGGGAAGACGGACGGCCCCCGCAGGCAGAGCUCCCCCCUGGGGCACUUGGUGCCGUCGGGCAGCUUGUCGUUGAUGGUGUAGUCCAUCUCGGGCUGCGACACCAGCUUGGCCUCGAUGCACGGGAAGCACCCGCCGAUGUGCCCGACCGUCGUGUCGCCCGGGUGGCUCAGGGUCGACGCCGCGCACGUCUCGGUCAUGCCGUAUCCCUCGCAGAUGGGGGCGCUGAAGGCGCACUUGAGGAACUCGUGCACCUGGGGCGAUAUGGGGGCCGAGCCGGUGACCAUGACGCGCACGCGGCCGCCGAGGAGGCGGUUGAUCUUGUUGAAGAUGAUCGAGUCCCACAUGGCGUGUUUGACGACGCCGUUGUUGCGGAGGUUGGCGAGCUUGGCGUUCAUGGCCGUGGAGAAGAGGACCUUGCCCACGGCGCCGCUGCUGCUGAUCUUGGCCUGGAUCUUGUCGAAGAUGCGCGAGUACAGCCGAGGGACGCUGGCGAAGAGGGUGGGCUUGAGGAGCUGCACGUCCUCCAUGAGCUUGUGGGUGUCGCCGCGGUAGAAGCCCAGCUGCCCGCCGCAGAAGAGCAGGGCGUUGAACAUGAUGCGCUCGAAGAUGUGGGCGAACGGCAGGUAGCUCAAGUACACGUCCUCGGGGCCGAAGGUCACCCCCCCGACCGUCUCGAGCUGCAGCAGGGCGGCCGCGGAGGUGGACACGAACUGCCGGUGGGUGACGAUGACGCCCUUGGGGAGGCCCGUCGUGCCCGAGGUGUAGCAGAUGGUGUUGACGCUGUCGGCCUUGGGCGGGUUGGUCGGCUGCAGCUGCCCCUUGCCCACACGGAUGAGCUCCUGCCAUGUCGUCAGCGUCACGCCGGCCUUCUGCGCGUCGGCCUUCAUCUCGUCGGUCGGCUCGUCCAUGGCCACGAUGAUCUUGAGCUCCGGGCAGUUGGGGGCCGCCUUGAUGAGGCUGGGGACGUUCUCGACCUGCGUGAUGACGGUGCGCAACCUGGUCUGGUCGCAGACGUACUGGACGGUCUCGGGGCCGAGAGUGUCGUAGAGGGGCACGAUGGUGAAGCUGAAUGCGUUGCAGGCCUGCUCGGCGAUGGCCCACUCCUCCCUGUUCUUGCUGUAGAGUCCGAGGAAGCGGAACUGCUGCUGGUAGACCUCCUCGGGGAACUCCCGCAUCGGCACCGCGUCCAUGUUGAGGAGGCCCGAGCCGACCUCGAGCGCCACCUGGUAGACCUCGCCGUAAGUGCGCCAGGCGUACUUGCCGUCCUUGAGCGUGCCCAGGCAGGGGCUGUCCUUGGCCACCUCCAAGCCGUGCAGAAACAGGUCGUGGCAGUUGCGGAUGCCGUCGCCCAUCGAGUCCACCAGCCGCCCGUCGGGACAGUAGGGCGACCGGUACACCUCAGAGCUUUUCUCGUCAGACGCGUCGGACACCGGCUUCAUGUACACCACAGGAGUCGCGCUGUGGCCGCACCCGAAGUGGUAGUUGCCCAUCGUAUAUGCAAGGGGGAUCUAGGCAAAACAACGAUGGAACAAGGUGCUCGCCGUCUGAACGCUGCUUCUGGCUCGUCUUUUGUGGUGAC